AUGCACGAGGUAUUGCUCUUCGCCUCGGUCCCGGUCCACCAGCAUCAUGAGCUCCUCCAACAGCUCGCUGGUCUGACAGCCAUGCAGCCCCGCCAUUGCUUGGAGCGGCGGCUGAUCUUCAAAGCCUAUCGCAAACCCGGUCUGGUGGCGGGGCGCACGGGUGCCAGUCAGGAUAUACAGUCGGGGGACCUUCAGCGGCUGAACAAGAUGCUGAAUGGGAGCAUGUACUACACCCAGGUGGUUGGUCCAGUCUCUGAAAAGGACUUUGGUUCUGCAACCGAUUCCGAUACGCAGAUGGAUGGCACAGACGAAACCCCAGAGGCACCUCGGUAUGACUAUGAACGUCAACCAUGGAAAUUGGAAUUUCGAGAUAUCCCGGAAGCUGGCACUCGCUCGGCUGUCACGUCGCGUCAGAUGUCUAGCUCAACCUUGCCAUCGGGAGAUAUCAUGCCGACUAUGAGUGCGUGGGGCUAUAGCUUCGUGACUGAACAUGUGGUCGAGGGUGAUCUGUUCAUUCACAAUGACAUUACUCUCUUUUUGCAGCGGGUUCUGCAUUACCCAGCCGGCCAGGAGCCAAGUCAACCUCGACAGCAGAUGCCUGCGUUGAAGGACAUGACGCCGCUAGAAAAGAGCGGGAGCUACGUUCUACAGGCCUCCAUUACUGUGCAGGACGGCAGCAACCAAGAGACGAUGAAGACAGCCUCGCAGCAUCUUUUCGGGCUACGCGAGCAGUUGAAGUCAGCAGUUCGGCUCGAGCAGGCAGACCGGCUAUCGCUUGAUACGAGGGCGAAAUAG